CACCAUAUUUAUUUUAAAGUUAAUUUUCUAUCUCUUCACCAAAGAAAUCUGGAAAACUCUCUCAUUCUCAAACAAACCCUAGCCGCCUCCGCCUCCGCCUCCUCCGCCUCCGCCUCCUCCCUCCUUCAGUGUGUCUCCGGCGGUCGUUACAUUGCUCCACCAUCUUCAUUUUUGAAAAUCCAUCACCAUAAAAAGAGUCCCCUCCAUCUUCUCUACAAAACCCAUUUAAAAAUAUCAGGAACGGACAACCUUCGCCGGUGACCACCACGCCGGAGCUUGCAACCACCGCGCCGGAAAAGAGCUUAAACCUUGGCUGUUGUCUUCAUCAAGUGUUGCAGAUCUUGAAGUUGAGAUAUAUCUAUGAUCUUUGAAGGUUUUUGAUUAGAAAUUUUUUGUUAUGGCAACGGCAACAUACCCACCACCACCACCUUAUUACAGGCUUUACAAAGAUUAUGUGCAAGACCCUGAGUCUGCUCCAGAGCCUCCACCACCAAUUGAAGGAACUUAUAUCUGUUUCGGAGGCAGUUACACUACUAGUGAUGUUCUACCAAGCUUGGAAGAACAAGGGGUACGCCAACUCUAUUCUAAAGGACCUAAUAUUGAUUUCAAGAAAGAGCUGAGGUCACUUAAUGGAGAAUUGCAACUACACAUUUUGGAGCUUGCUGAUAUUCUUAUUGAGAGACCAUCACAAUAUGCAAGGAGAGUCGAAGAAAUUUCAACUGUGUUCAAAAAUUUGCAUCACCUUUUGAAUUCACUGCGUCCUCAUCAGGCAAGAGCAACUUUGAUUCACAUUUUGGAACUUCAGAUAGAGCGUCGUAAACAAGCCGUGGAGGACAUAAAUAGGAGGAGAGAAGAAGCUCGAAGAAUCCUUAACGAGUCAUUGGCAACACUUGAUGGCCAUUAAAGCAUAGUUAGUUAUGGUCAAUAAACAAAGACAAUCAUGGCAACCUUAAGGGAAAAUUGCACUAACCUCGUUUAAGGUUUCAGUAAAUAACAAAGACACCCCCUCUAAUUUUAAAUUAAGCACCUUAUGGUUAGUUGUUAAUAAACAAACACAAACGAUGUUUUUAUAUUUUGGGUUUCGAAUGAUCGAUGUUCCACGCAACAAUAUGAAAGGGUUCACACACAGUCGACAUGCAAUCUACAUAUUACCAUACGCUUGAAAAGUUUCUAAACGUCAAUCAAAAUCAAUGUCAAUGCACACUUUGAGGUCUUAAAGGGUUAUAACGGGGCUUAGGUGAAGGUGGGAUAAUAUUUGGAUAAGUAGGCUACAUAAAAUUUUGAGUUAGGCACUCCUACGGAAGUUAAAGCACAAAUUUAAUCCAUCAUUCACCUUUGGAACAACAAUUCUUGUAAGGGUACUAGAGAUUAUUUAUAACAAUUGGGACAAUUGAGUUUAAA